GCGUCAGCGCUGGCUCAUUUGCUGUUCGCCUGUUCCCGACAAUCGUAGUCAGUUUCGUGGUUCGUCCCGAUAAAAAUCCAUUAUCCAAUCAACUGUGUUACUGGGUCAUCCCCAUUGGACUGCUACUGAUACUAUUAGUAAAUUGGAAAAAAAAAGAACAACAAGAUGGAAAAAGUACAAGAAUCGAAAAAAAAAUUGUUCAACCCUAAAACAAUGGUGAAAUACGACCAUGUGGAGGUUAAUAACAACCGUCCGCUAUGGGUCUGCAAAUUUUGCUUAAAAGUUUUGCUUAGUGAACUUAGUGCUAUGUCACACCAUGCAACUUGUAAACCAGCACCGACUAAGAGAUCCUUAAGAAUUGAAAAAAUCCGUGAGAAAAAUCAGGCGGCUGUGAAGAAUCAGGAGGCUGUGAAGAAUCAGGCGGCUGAGAAAAUUCCGGUGGCAAAAAAAACUCGUGGGACCAAGAGAAUUCGAGUGACCAAGAACACUCAGACGGCCAAGAAAAUUCGUCUGACCAAGAACACUCAGAUGGCCAUGAAAAUUCCCAAAGUUGAAAUGGUCCCGAAAACUCCCAAAGUUGAAAUGGCCAUGAAAACUCCCAAAGUUGAAAGUGAUAAUAACGUACCGCCUUAUAUCUGUUUGUGCUGCAACUACGUGUUCGGACGUAAAGUUUCAUUUGAGCAACAUCUGCGGCUUAAACAAAUUAAAGAAGCCGUGUCUGAUGAGGAAGAAAAUACUUACUAAAUGAAGAUGAACUAUAAGAAGUUUAAAAAAUAACUCAUAUAUUUAUUCUGAUAACAAUGAU